AUGAGUGGCCCAGAACUGGAUGCAGGAUUCAAGGGUACUCAAGGUGUGGCUUCACCACUGCUGAGUACAGGGGGCAAUAACUUCCCUGGUCCUGUUGGCCACGCUAUUUCUGUGUCUUCAGAUUCCAGUGACUUGAUGCUAAGAAUUUAUAGAGCUGAGUCCUAUGUUGGCCUCCAAGAAUAUAAAACAGCCAUAGAAGAUCUAAAUUUUGUUAUUUCUAAAAUGCCAAAUUGGCCAGAGGUCUACUUCCAGAAAGGAAAAGUGCUGCAAGACUCUGGCUUUGUAGGUGAUGCCUUACAACUGUUUCUACAGUGCUUAGCCCUUGAUGAGGACUUCCUUCCAGCCAAGCUAGAAGUAGAAAAGACAUUGUGUGAUGUUUUGUCACCAGAGAAGCUAGGUGAGAGUCUGAAGGAAUCUGCUUGGAAUUCACCUCAUAUUCGAAAUAAACCUUUUAUGCUUGGUUCUGAGCUGACUGCAUCUUACUGCAAUUUACAACUUUGUCCUCAGCAGAGUUUAGGAGGAUCAGAUGUCCUGGAGCCUGUCAGUGGAGGCUUAAAUCGUGCACAGUCUGCCCAUGCUCUUAACUCAACAAAAGACCUUGCCAAGGAAGAUGGCUUAAAGAGAGUGUCUUCUGAACCCCUUCUCUCUGGCCAAGGAAAAGGUGCUUUGUUAAAAAGAAAGCUUUCCUUUUCCGAACAGGAUACAGUCGUAUGUGAGGAUGGAAGAAACAAACACAAAAAGCAAGGAGAAAGUACAAAAAGGGACAUGACACUGGCUUUUGGAACAAUUCCAGGGGAUUUGAUUGAUGUAUCAGAUUUUGAGUGCUCUCUAUGUAUGAGGUUAUUCUUCGAGCCAGUGACAACCCCUUGUGGUCAUAGUUUUUGCAAAGGCUGUUUGGAACGGUGUUUAGAUCACGCUCCACAGUGUCCACUCUGUAAGGAGAGUUUGAAAGAGUACCUUGCAAGCAGAAAAUAUAGUAUCACAGAACUCCUGGAGGAAUUAAUAAUGAAAUAUUUGUCUGAUGAAUUAUACGAGAGAAAAAGAAUUCAUGCUGAAGAAACUGCUGAACACUCCAACUUGACCAAGAAUGUUCCAAUGUUUGUUUGCACUAUGGCAUAUCCUACUGUGCCUUGCCCUCUCCAUGUAUUUGAGCCAAGAUACCGACUAAUGAUUCGCAGGAGUAUGGAAACUGGAACUAAACAGUUUGGGAUGUGCAUAAGUGAUUCUCAAAAUGGUUUUGCAGAUUAUGGAUGCAUGCUUCAAAUUAGGAAUGUUCAUUUUCUCCCUGAUGGACGGUCUGUUGUUGAUACAGUUGGUGGAAAGAGAUUUAGAGUUUUACAGAGAGGGAUGAAAGAUGGUUAUUGCACUGCAGACAUCGAGUAUUUGGAAGAUGUUAAGGUUGCUGAUGAAGAAGAACUAAAGAAAUUGAGAGAGCUUCACAAUUUUGUUUACAGUCAGGCCUGCAGUUGGUUCCAAAACUUAAGAAACAAGUUUCGCACUCAAAUUCUUCAGCACUUCGGGCCAAUGCCUGACAGGGAGGAAAAUAUACAGGCAAUGCCCAAUGGUCCUGCUUGGUGUUGGUGGCUUCUAGCUGUUCUCCCAGUAGAUCCCAGAUACCAGCUCUCAGUUCUCUCCAUGAUGUCUUUAAAAGACCGUCUGAUAAAAAUCCAACAUAUACUCACAUAUUUUUCUAGAGACCAGUCCAAGUGACUAACCGCCUGGGUCUUCCUGAAAAGUUACUCUGUUCUGGUUGUAGUAGCAGCUGGAAUUUUUGCUGCCUUUGCACAUCUAGCACUGGUUUGAGAAGUGUAAUGGAACUGUCUUUUCUCUCCUCCACACCCUCCUAACUUUCUGAACCACGUGGUUCUUUGAAUGCACAUUUUCUUCAACUAUGAGAGAAGACCACUGACGAUUGCACAACGUCAAUCCAGCUAGAUAUGUUUUUCACGUUAUCUACAUUAAAAUUUGCACUAUGUAGAAGAGAACCUUUUUGAGACUUGAUUGUUUUAGCAACUGACUUUUUUAAGCUGUGGAAGUGCAGGACUUAAGGCUGACAGUCCAAGUUUACAACACUGAGGAGAUAUUAAAGGUUUUGCAAAUGUUUGCCUCAUACAACUGUUCUUUUGCUGUUUGCACAAACAUUGAAAUAUAGUAUUGAAUGUCACAGUUGGAUAUUACUACUCCUGUUGAAUUAUCUUGACCAUGAAUAUGGCACAGAUUUUUAAGUUAUCUUGUAAAUGCAUCACAAAA